UAAUUUGUAUAGAAGAGAUAGAGAAUCACGUGGUUAAAUGUUGUUUGUUUACGAUUGGUGAAUGAGGUCCAUUGUCAGUUGGUGCUUGCGUCAGACGUUCCAGAACCAGUCCGUGGAAGACGUUGUGUUUUCAGAACCAGAAAAUGUUUCACCCUCUGCUGCUAAGUUGUCUUGCUUCACUCCUGGCUGUUUCAGACUGUUGGGAUUCGUUACGAAGUGAUGUUGAGUGUUCUAACAUUAGUAGUUGUUUCAACACUGACUUAUUUAGGGAGUAUGAAUUUUUGAGACUGUGGUCCUUAACUAACCAAAGCUAUUAUGAUCAAUACUGUAGAUUAAAUAAAAAUGCCCGAGUGUGCAUACAUAACCUUAGUGACCUUGAAAUAGAUUGCCAGGAAGAUAUGAUUCAGGCCCGUGUUGAUUUGAUGGUGGCUCUCUUCUUGUGCUCAAUUAAAUGCAAUGAAACUUUCAGGAUGCUGUCCACCUCUCCUUGUACCAAUUAUGAAGUAACUAAAACCUUAGAAGGACAAGUUAUAAGUCACUGUAAAGGAAGCGGCGAAUACGGGGAUAUAAGGUUAUGCUUCGGCCAUUUUAUGACCCAUUACUGUGGAACAGAAAUGAUUUCAAUACAAACAAAGAUAAAUGCAAUCAUAUCACGGUUCAAAGUAUGUAAGGAUGUACACGACUCUGAGCACUAAGACAUGGA